CUUUGAUUCAAUAAUGCAAGAUCUUAUCCUCAUCUCACAGAUAUAAACCUAUAUAUAUCCCAUCAACAAGCAACAGAAACGAAGAAACAUAACAGGUAUCUUCAACCAUGCAGAACUUUCCCUCAUGCAUGCUACUUCUCCUUGUAAUUCUAACCGCAAAUCUCUUGGUUCCUUCACUCUCAGAAAGAUGCAAUCCGGAUGACAAAAAAGCCCUUCUCCAAAUCAAGAAAGAAUUCGGCAACCCAACCAAACUCUCUUCAUGGGAUCCAACCACCGACUGCUGUAACGGCACAUGGUCUGGUGUCUCAUGCGACACCGACACACAAACCUUCCGCGUCAACGACCUCGAUCUCUCCGACCUCGACCUCCCUCAACCCGUCUCCAUUCCACCCUCCAUCACAAAUCUCCCUUUCCUCUUCUACCUUUCUCUCUCCCGCAUACCAAACCUCGUCGGCUCUAUCCCACCGUCAAUUUCCAGCCUCACCAAACUCCGGUAUCUCUACCUCAGCCACAGCAGCCUCACCGGCGUGAUACCCAACACACUUUCACAGAUCAAAAGCCUCUUAACCCUCGACUUCUCCUACAACAAACUCAGCGGUCCCCUCCCCGACACUCUCUCCUCUCUCCCUAACCUUAUCGGAAUCACCUUCGACGGUAACCAACUCUCCGGCUCUAUACCGGAGUCCUACGGCUCGUUUCCUGAUUCAUUUACAGUGCUAACUCUAUCACGAAACAGUCUCUCCGGGACAAUCCCAGCAUCUCUGGCGAAACUGAACCUUUCGUUUGUGGACUUGUCACGAAACUCAUUGGUGGGUGAUGCUUCAGUGUUGUUUGGUUCGAAUAAAAACACUCAGAAGAUAGUGCUGGCGACGAACUCGCUGGCGUUUGAUAUUGGGAAAGUUGGGUUGUCUGCGAAUUUGAAUUAUCUGGAUUUGAGGAACAAUAAAAUAUACGGUACGCUACCGGAGGGAUUGACGGGACUGAAGUUUCUGCAUAAUUUCAACGUGAGCUACAAUAGUUUGUGUGGUCAAAUUCCACAAGGUGACAACUUGAGAAGGUUUGAUGAGUAUUGUUAUGCUCAUAAUAAGUGUUUGUGUGGUUCUCCUCUUCCAGCUUGCAAGACUUGAAUUGAAUAAUGGAUCCCACAAAGUUAUUAUAUACAUAAAUAAAGAUGGUUGAAAGUUUAGAUUUCUAUUCAUAAGAAUAAAUGUAUUGAGUCGUGCAACUUAGAUGUUUGAAACUGCACCACUUCUAGAAUGUAAGCUUAGUAAGCUAUCUAAAAAUAAAUAAAAAUGUAUUGAAAAGAUA